CUCGGAGCCCUGCGGGGCCGGCCGAGGGUGGAGAUGCCGCUGAAGGUCGUGGUGGAGCUGCAGAUCCAUGCGGUCUCUUGUCCUGGAGUAUACUUGACAGAGAAGAAUGAUGUUUAUCUCACUGUUUGCAUCCUGGGUCAGAGCAAGGAAACUGAUUGCCUUUCUCCUGUUUUUCCUCUCUUGUUUCAUGAGAAAAUGUGGUUUGAGAAGGUAUUUGAAAAAGCUACAGAUCCUGUUGCUGUGGUAGAACUGCUAGGAAGAAAUGUGACAAAAUUUCGGUUAUCUGAACUGAUACCUACAGAGAGAGAAGAGCUAGCAUUUUAUGAAGUGAAUACUCGAGAUUUUCUGUUUCCAGAGCCCAAACUGACUCCUGUGUAUCCUGGAGUGGACAGAGAGUUACUGAUGAAAACACAUCCAACUUUCCCAGGUAUUGCACCAAAAUUAGAGUUUUCCACCAGGACAACAAUUACCGAACUUCCACUUCAGUCCAGAAGAUGGUACCGUGACAGAAGUAAAAUCAAGUUACAAAGAGCUAUCUCUGCAUCACCUCGGCAAAGGAGCAUCUCACCAAUACGAUGUAGAGCAACAAGGAGGAAUAGCAUCUGUAAGAGAUUUACAAGAUCCUUAGGAUCCCGUUCUCCAUCUCCAAGCCCAGCAAAAUACUUCCAUGAGUUUGGUAGAGACAGUGAGCAGCAACUCUCUCCUUUGAGCUUCAGGUCUGUUAAGUUCAAAGCAGAAACAGAUCCCAGGCCACCUUUUGUAGUUAGACAUGUAGACCCUUCUAAAUCAUUUGCUGAACAAACUCCAUCACUGGUACCGUAUGGAAAUGCAAGACAAAAUGUGGAUCCAACAAGGAAUUCUCACAAAUCUCAGUUGAAACGAGGUACAUAA